UUGAAAUUCCUCCAAAUUUAGAUUGGGAGACGUUAAGAUUGGUUCUAUGUGUUGUUAAUAAAGGACACUCAUUUGUUCUUAUCAAUGGAAAAGGGGUCCAAUCGACAUUGAUGAAGGCAGAGGAAACUCAUGUGGCUCUUAAAUGUAUUCCAUUAUUGAAACUGAGCAAGUUACUUGUGGGGGAAGAACUGACGUGGUUGCAGCAGGGUACUAAGUGUGAAAUUAUAUUUGAGUUCUAUGACGUGACCACACCUGUUAAAAUCUUCGGCGGGGUCCACCUAUUUGGCCACCAAGUUGCUGAUGUCACAGUUGAUCGUAGGAAAAGGCAGUGGUUAUUGCCUGUUGCGAUGGCAGGCGACGACGACGAUGAUGAUGAUGAUGACAACGAUGUUGACGAUGAUGAUGAUGAUCAACACCAAGACAACGAAUUGCCUUCCUUGCCUUCAGCGUCAGAGACUAGUCUUGGCAAGAGGCCUCGCAGAUCAGACUUCAAGGUACUUGAUGAUGAUCAUCGUGCUAACGUCCUCGAUGUUUGUGAUCAUGAAGCUCAAAUAGGAGAGGCGGAUCACCCAAAGAGGAGGCACACUGAUCUUAAUGAGGAGCCAAAGCAAUGAGGUUCCAAAGUGGUUUAUGUGAGCCCCAGGUUCAGCUGUCGAAACGAACCAAAUUUCCGGGCAAUGGUAUGGUAAUCAAGAGGUGUGUGGAGGCGCAGUUUCUGAGAUACCAUUUUCAGUUACUAGUGAUGUUGCUGGUAUUGGCAAGGUAAAAUGUCCCUACAAAACAAAAUCAAAAAUUCAGUUCAUACAGCAUUAUUACAAGAGAG